GUGCCAACCAAAACAUAAUUUGACGUUUGUCAAAGUUGAGGUUAUAGACUCGUCUAAUAGUAAAAAUGCGUAGACGGGCGGGCUUGGGGGCGAUACAAAAGCAGAAAUUGCAGCAGGAAAAAUACAAAGACAAAGGGAAUGAGAUACAGGAGAAUCAGUUCGAGCAGAUGACGAAGCAGCUGGACGUUUUCAAAACGAAUUUGGAGGAGUUCGCGUCCAAACACAAGAACGAGAUCCGUAAGAACCCCGAGUUUCGUAGGCAGUUCCAGGAGAUGUGUUCCAGCAUCGGGGUGGAUCCCUUGUCGUCGGGGAAAGGGUUUUGGUCGGUGCUGGGAAUAGGGGAUUUUUACUACGAGUUGGCAGUUCAGAUCGUAGAGGUGUGCAUGGCUACAAACGAAAAAAACGGCGGUCUAAUAAGUUUGGAUGAGUUGAGAACGCGGUUAAUUAAAGCCAGAGGGAAGAGCAACAAGCACCAGGAAAUAUCGAGUGAUGAUUUGAUGAGGGCUGCCAAAAAGCUCAAAAUCUUUGGUAGUGGUUUCACAGUUGUGCCUGUGGGUAAGGGGAAGUACAUGGUACAGUCGAUUCCAGGGGAAUUAAGCAUGGACCACACUGCAGUGUUGCAACAAGUGAAUUCUUUAAACAAAUCAUACAUUUCUGUCUCCGAGUUGAGGGACAAAUUGAAUUGGGAAAGGGACAGAUCUCAAAAAGCUUUGGAUCACAUGAUGGAUCAAGGAUUAGUGUGGGUGGAUUUACAAGAUGUCAAAGAAAAACAAUAUUAUUUCCCAAGUCUUUUUAAUGCUUGUGUCGACUCGGCAAAAUAACUUUUUAUUUAAUAAUAAACUAUUUAUAUACAUGCUAUUGUUAAACUGUGAUUUUAAUAAAAACCAUUUAUUAUUUUAAUACAA